GGGGCCGCCCGCAUGUUGUAGGUCACGCACAUCCCCUCUGCUGCACCAAGAUGGCGGCCGGGCCGUCGGCCUCGUACCCAGCAUAGGCUUCGCUGCGGGCCGACUAGAGCAAAAGCUGGCAGGCUGACAAACAGGCAGCUUACAGGACGGACUCUCUGGCUACUGACCAUUUAGCUGUGGCAUACCCGGAUUGUGUGUGGGUGGGAAGUCGACAAUGAGCUCUGUGGCAGUUUUGACCCAGGAGAGCUUUGCUGAACACCGCAGCGGCCUGGCUCAGCAGCAAGUGAAAGUUACAGCUUUAAACUCUGAAGAAGAGAAUGAUCCUCCAACCUACAAGGAAGCCUUCCCUCCACUCCCUGAGAAAGCACCAUGUUUGGAAGCUGCCCAGGAACCUGCUGGUCCCUGGAGCAAAAUUCGACCAAUAAAGGCUUCUGUCAUCACUCAGGUGUUUCAUGUGCCGCUGGAGGAGAGGAAGUAUAAGGACAUGAAUCAGUUUGGAGAAGGCGAGCAGGCCAAGAUCUGCCUUGACAUCAUGCAGAAAACAGGAGCUCACCUGGAGCUGUCUCUGGCAAAGGACCAGGGCCUUUCCAUCAUGGUCUCUGGCAAGCUGGAAGCAGUCAUGAAGGCUCGGAAGGAAAUUGUUGCUCGACUGCAGACUCAGGCUUCAGCCACAGUUGCCAUCCCCAAGGAGCACCACCGUUUUGUGAUUGGAAAGAAUGGUGAGAAGCUGCAGGACCUGGAGCUCAAAACUGCAACCAAGAUCCAGAUCCCCCGCCCAGAUGACCCCAGCAACCAGAUCAAGAUCACUGGCACUAAGGAAGGGAUUGAAAAGGCCCGGCACGAGAUCCUGCUUAUCUCUGCUGAGCAGGAUAAGCGUGCCGUGGAGCGGCUGGAUGUGGAGAAAGUGUACCAUCCCUUCAUUGCUGGCCCUUACAACAAGCUGGUGAGUGAGCUCAUGCAGGAGACAGGGACACGCAUCAACAUUCCUCCGCCCAGCGUCAACAAGACAGAGAUAGUCUUCACAGGGGAAAAGGAACAGCUGGCCCAGGCUGUGGCUCGUGUUAAGAAGAUCUAUGAGGAGAAGAAAAAGAAGACUACUACCAUCGCUGUGGAGGUGAAGAAGUCCCAGCACAAGUAUGUCAUCGGCCCCAAGGGUAAUUCCCUGCAGGAGAUCUUGGAGAAAACUGGAGUCUCUGUCGAGAUCCCACCCACUGACAGUAGCUCGGAGACGGUGAUACUGCGAGGCGAGCCUGAAAAGCUUGGGCAAGCAUUGACUGAAGUCUAUGCAAAGGCCAACAGUUUUACCGUCUCCUCGGUCUCAGCCCCCUCUUGGCUUCAUCGUUUCAUCAUUGGAAAGAAAGGACAAAACCUGGCCAAAAUAACUCAGCAGAUGCCAAAGGUUCACAUCGAAUUCACUGAAGGAGAAGACAAAAUCACUUUGGAAGGACCUACAGAAGAUGUGAAUGUGGCUCAGGAACAGAUUGAAGUCAUGGUCAAGGAUCUGAUCAACCGGAUGGAUUAUGCAGAAAUCAACGUUGACCACAAAUUCCACCGACACCUCAUUGGCAAGAACGGAGCUAACAUUAACAGAAUUAAGGACCUCUACAAGGUGUCUGUGCGCAUUCCCCCGGACAAUGAGAAGAGCAACCUGAUCAGAAUUGAAGGAGACCCACAGGGGGUCCAACAGGCCAAGAAAGAGCUGCUGGAACUCGCUUCCCGUAUGGAAAAUGAACGCACCAAGGACCUAAUCAUUGAGCAGAAAUUCCACCGGACCAUCAUUGGGCAGAAGGGCGAGCGGAUCCGGGAAAUCCGGGAGAAAUUCCCAGAGGUUAUCAUCAACUUCCCAGACCCUGCACACAAGAGUGACAUUGUCCAACUCAGAGGUCCCAAAAACGAGGUGGAGAAGUGCACCAAGUACAUGCAAAAGAUGGUGGCAGACCUGGUUGAAAACAGCUUUUCUAUUUCUGUUCCCAUCUUCAAACAAUUCCACAAGAACAUCAUAGGGAAAGGAGGUGCCAACAUCAAGAAGAUCCGUGAAGAAAGCAACACCAAAAUAGAUCUCCCUGCUGAGAACAGCAACUCAGAGACAAUUGUUAUCACGGGCAAAAGAGCAAAUUGUGAGGCUGCUCGCCAUAGAAUUUUGGCUAUCCAAAAGGAACUGGCCAACAUCACAGAGGUGGAGGUCUCUAUUCCUUCCAAACUCCACAAUUCCCUCAUUGGCGCCAAAGGCCGCUUCAUCCGCUCCAUCAUGGAGGAGUGUGGUGGAGUCCACAUCCACUUCCCCACAGAGGGCUCUGGCAGUGACACCGUGACCAUCAGGGGCCCAGCCCAGGAUGUGGAGAAAGCCAAGAAACAGCUGCUACAUCUGGCAGAGGAGAAGCAAACAAAGAGUUAUACUGUGGACCUCCGUGCAAAGCCAGAGUACCACAAAUUCCUUAUUGGUAAGGGUGGUGGCAACAUCCGUAAGGUGCGAGACAACACAGGGGCCCGCAUCAUCUUCCCCACCUCUGAGGACAAAGAUCAGGAGCUGAUCACCAUCAUGGGAACGGAGGAGGCUGUCAAAGAGGCACAGAAGGAGCUGGAGGCCCUCAUCAAGAACUUGGAUAACGUGGUUGAAGACUCCAUGGUGGUUGACCCCAAGCACCACCGCCACUUUGUCAUCCGUCGAGGACAAGUUCUCCGUGAGAUUGCAGAUGAAUAUGGUGGUGUGAUGGUCAGCUUCCCGCGCUCCGGCACCCAGAGCGAUAAAGUCACCCUCAAGGGAGCCAAGGACUGUGUGGAGGCAGCCAAGAAACGCAUCCAGGAGAUCAUCGAGGACCUGGAAGCUCAAGUGACAAUCGAAUGCACCAUUCCACAAAAGUUCCACCGCUCCAUUAUGGGCCCCAAAGGAUCCCGGAUCCAGCAGAUCACCCGGGACUACGGCGUCCAGAUCAAAUUCCCUGACAGGGAGGAAAACCCAGCCCCUGUUGUGGAGCCAGCUGUGCAGGAGAAUGGUGAGGAAAGUGGGGAAGGCAAGGAGGGGAAGGACACAGAUCCCAGCUCUCCGAAGAAGUGCGAUAUCAUCAUCAUCUCUGGCCGCAGGGAGAAGUGUGAGGCAGCAAAGGAGGCGCUGCAGGCUCUGGUUCCUGUCACCAUUGAGGUGGAAGUUCCCUUUGAUCUUCACCGUUACAUCAUAGGCCAGAAAGGAAGUGGGAUCCGCAAAAUGAUGGAUGAGUUUGAAGUGAACAUCCAGGUGCCUGCUCCUGAGCUGCAGUCAGAUAUCAUCACCAUCACUGGGCUGGCUACCAACCUGGACCGUGCCAAGGCCGGGCUCCUGGACAGAGUGAAGGAGCUGCAAGCUGAACAGGAGGAUCGGGCCUUGCGAAGCUUCAAACUGACAGUCACUGUAGAUCCCAAGUAUCACCCUAAAAUCAUUGGGAGGAAGGGAGCAGUGAUCACCCAGAUACGCACAGAGCACGAGGUCAACAUCCAGUUCCCCGACAAGGAUGAUGAGAGCCAGGCCCAAGACCAGAUCACCAUUACUGGCUAUGAGAAGAACGCUGAGGCUGCCCGGGAUGCCAUCAUGAAGAUUGUUGGUGAGCUGGAGCAGAUGGUUUCUGAGGAUGUGACCCUGGACCAUCGUGUUCACGCACGCAUCAUCGGUGCACGUGGAAAAGCCAUCCGCAAAAUCAUGGAUGAGUUCAAGGUGGAUAUUCGCUUUCCCCAGAGUGGAGCUCCUGACCCCAACUGUGUGACUGUGACAGGACUCCCUGAGAACGUGGAAGAAGCUAUUGAUCACAUCCUGAACUUGGAGGAGGAAUAUCUUGCAGAUGUGGUUGACAACGAGGCAAUGCAGGUGUACAUGAAGCCCUCCUCACAUGAAGAGUCCAAGGCCCCAUCCAAGGGCUUUGUGGUGAGAGAUGCCCCCUGGACCACUGUCAACACCGAGAAGGCCCCUGAUAUGAGCAGUUCUGAAGACUUCCCCAGCUUUGGGGCUCAAGUGGCCCCCAAGACUCUUCCCUGGGGACCCAAACGAUAAUGACCUGGAAGCAGAAACUCCUCCAGCCCGCUGACCUGACACUAACCUGCCACAAAUACUUCCUGUCUGAAAUCUGACCCAGCGGCUGGAGCACAAAUCAAUUGUCCCAAGAGGUCUCCUAAUGGUGUCUGGAGUGCUAGACCCCAUCCUGCUCCCCUCAGCUAUCACCGUGUCUAGGACCCACCCUCAUCUCUUGAUGGAUAUUCUUUCCUCCUUUGGAACAAGACUUCCACUCAGAUUCAAACACUAAAUGUGUGUGUUUUUGUUAGAAACUUCAUAAUUGACUCCAAGUGGCUAAGAUUUGCAGCUUCCCAAGCGCUAGCAGAGCAAUCUGCUCUCUUGAGCAUGUCUGACUAGGCAUUCUCGCCUUCAUUAGGAGACCUCCUUUACUGUGGCUA